UAUUUAAGUGGCGAAAAUGAAUUGAGAAUUUGGCGUCAAAAGAAUUAAGCUGAACAAACUAUAAACCCAACGAAGGAAGUGGCGUGAAUUAUAAUAACAUCGGAAUAAAAAAGAAAUAUAGGAUAAAGGCAAAUAACCAGAAAUAAGUACAAUAUUAAGCUUCAGAUAUUGCGACGUAGUUAUGAACUGAACCAGGAACUAAGAAGAAUGUGGUCGCUGAGGUGUAAUGUUAUCUUCAGUCGGCUGUGCGUCCACCGUCAGUGUUAGGAAUCCGCGAACCCUCUUACAUAAAAUUAUUGUCCAGUCGUCAACAUGUCAGAUGAAAGGAUUGAGACCAUCAGAGACAAGAUCGGAGCAUACCCAGAUUUUCCUAAACCAGGAAUACUCUUCAGGGACAUAUUUUCUGUUUUGUCUGACCCACCUUCCUUUGGAGUCUUGAUAAAACUUAUGGAAGAAAGAAUUAGGAAAGUUUGCCCUGAGGUCGAUGUUAUCAUGGGUCUAGAGUCGCGAGGUUUUGUGCUUGGUGCUCCCUUAGCGCUAACACUUAACAAACCUUUCGUGCCUAUGCGAAAGAAAGGGAAGCUGCCUGGGAAGUUGAAGCAAGUUUCGUACACUUUGGAAUAUGGAACGGAUGUGUUUGAAGCUCAAGAAGAUGGCAUUAAAAAAGGAGAGGUUGUUGUAAUUGUUGAUGACCUUUUAGCUACUGGAGGGACAAUGAGUGCAGCACAUGAACUUGUGUCUUCUAUGGGAGGAAAAGUAGCACUCUGUCUCGUUGUCAUUGAAUUGACAGAGUUGAAGGGGCGUGAGAAGGUCAACGCUCCUCUUGAGACGAUUCUUAAGUAUUAAGGACUUUUUCUCAUGAUGCCAGAUUAGAUUGUUUGGAGUGUUCAUGCAACAGGAUCAGGUUUUGUUUCUGGGUUCACAUUCCAUAUAUUUAAUCAUUUUUUUGUAAUGGACCUUGAGUCAUGCACAUUAUUGAUUUACAGUAUAUGGUGCUAAUAAGAAUGUUGAAAUAUAGGUUUUAGAAACCUACACACACUUCAGGUAGUAGUUUGUUUAUAAAUUGUUAUAUGCAAGUCUGUUAUUCCUAUUGGAUUGUUGACAACACAUUCCUUGUUAAUCUAACUAUAAUUUUGAAUAAAUAGCAAGUUUUUUAUUUAGUAAGAA